AUGCUUGAAGUCAAGUUCGCCGUACAAAAUCUUCACAGCAAAGUAUAUGGCGAAGAGUGUCAGGGAGAUUCGUUCAGCGUUAAUCCAAUUUGUCAAAUCUUGAAUUUGAUUCUGAAAAGAUGGAGAAUAGAAAAAAGGAAAAUUCUUGAAACUGUCACUGAAGGUCAUCUUAUUACAGUCUCCAGUAUUUUGAACAAUCGAUAUGAAAGCACGAUGUUAACCACGUUCACAACGAAGCCAAUGAUUAAUAGAAUUGCAACAACUGAAAUUAAAAAAGAAUUUAUAACUUUAAUAGCAAGUGAAUGCUUCAAUACACCCAAUGAACCGAUGAUUUUGGCACCUGCAGUAGAGAAAUUACGUCAAUUGGCAUAUGGACUAAUUGAAAACGAUAAUUUUUGCAAACCUGUUGCUAGGUCCCAACAAAAAAACUGUGAAAGUUGA